AUGGAUAAAGCAGUUGAUGAUACUACAUGCAUCACUUAUUUCGCACCUCAUCCUGAAGAAAUGGCUGACGAGGCGGUAAAAGCCACGGCAUCCACUUCAUCCGGUAUUUUCAGCAACUUUAUGAAUCGAAUUUUCAAGUCAUCCAAAGACAUCAGCAUAGCAGAGAAUGCCGUACAUGCAAUCCCUAUAUCAAUAUCAGCGUCUGAAAACUGCAAUAAUUUCGAUCAAUCGAAACAUGAAGGAGUAGGAGAGGCGUUUUCUGCGGAAUGUUUAGAAAAUGAAAUUGGAACGACUGGCAUAAAUUCAAAGGAAAACAAUGAAAAUGAUAAUGAUACUACAGGAGAGAGAAAAAAAUCAUAUGUCCGUUUCGCUUCCGUCUUCAAAGGGCAAAAUCCUGAUCUCCUGGAUUAUGAAAGGAGUGAUUUUCGGCGUUACUGGAUGCCAGAUUCAAGUGGACGAGAAUGUUACGAAUGCCAGGAGCGUUUUACUGCUUUCAGAAGACGACAUCACUGUCGUUUAUGUGGGCAAAUAUUUUGUUCGAAAUGUUGUAGUGUCCAGAUCUCUGGAUCAUUAUUAGGUUAUACUGGCGAUUUAAGGCUGUGUACUUACUGUGCACAAAUUGUAGUUUCGAAUUUGCCACAAACAGAAUCAAAAUUAGAGGACAGACCCAGUUCUCCAGCUUGUGACCAAAAGUUGCUGCAUGAAACAGACGUCUCGGUCUCCACAAUUUUUGCAGGACCAGUAUCCUGGUCACUGAAUUCAUCUGUUGCUGCGGAUGACAAUAGUGAGAAUGGAACAUCACUUCACUGCGUGGUUCCAAAAAAAUCUCCGAUGAAACUUCAUCCCCCGACUUUGCUUUCCGUAACGGAAUUAGCUAUGUAUAACUCAAGUGUUCAGUGUUCGACUAUUCAAGAUGUUGGUGAUGAUCAUGAACCCGAGUGGGUAAAAAAUAUUGAGAUGACUGAUAAUGUGAAGCCAGUGGAUUCAUCAAACUUGAACUCUGAACCUAUGGAUUACGCACACUUAGCAUCACAAAGGGAUGACAUGAACAUCCAGAAUAUGUCGAACUUUCAUGCUACCGAACUGGAUAAUGCACAAACCGUGCCAAAACCUUCGCCAUCAGAAGCAGAAAAUGAAGAUCGUUUUAAUGAAACAAUUGAAAGAUGUUUUGAAAUUCAAUCAGAAAAACUUAUUUUACAUCUUUUCAAUCGUGAGGGAUUAGAUCCGAAAGAAUGGUGGGAGAUCAUAUGGUCCGUCAGUCAUGUUGUCUCAUCAAUGGUUAAAGUUGAUAUGGAGGGACGAAAAAAUGUUAAUGUUAUGAAACAUACUCACAUCAAAAGUCUUCAUGUUGCAGUUGAAAAACCUUCUGCAAAGGUAAUAGAAGGGACAGUGUGUAGCAAAAGUAUUCGCCAUGAAUCGAUGCCAGACGAGAUUCGUAAUGCAUCAGUUUUAAUCUUGGAAGGGAGCAUCGAAUAUGAACGAGUUAACGACAGGCUUUCAUCAAUUGAACCAAUAAUUUCACAAGAGACUGAAUAUUUACGAAAUCAGGUAGAGAGAAUGCUUUCGCAUCGACCAUCAGUAGUACUGGUUGAGCGUAAUGUAGCUGGCUUAGCUGUACAGAUGUUAUUACAUGCUGGAAUCACACUAGUUUCCAACAUUAAAUCACGUGUUCUGCAAAGAAUUGCAAGAAGUACUGGAGCCGACGUAAUGCCUUCACUUGAUGCACAAAUUCUGAACCAAAAAAUUGGAUUUUGUCCAUUUUUUCGGCAAGAGAAGAUUCAAUUGGCAAACGGGAAAUACAAAUGUUUAUUGAUGUUUGAGGAAUGCCCACCAGAAUUGGGCUGCUCUGUGUUAUUACAAGGUAACUCAAAAAGAGAUUUGAGGACAGCUAAGCGGAUUUUACAUUAUGCAAUUCUGAUGUUGUAUUCCAAUCAUCUUGAAGUAAAACUAUUGUCUAGCUGCGGUACAACUCUGACAAAUCGAUCUGCCGACUGUGAUAUUUGCUCCGUUAAUUCUGCUGAACUGGAUAUAAACAAGGACAGCUUCUGUAACCGUUUAAGGAAGUCCACUCUUUCACCUUCUCCACUGGUCGACUUUGGUAUACCCUUUCUAGAAACAUCAAAAGGUCGACAAUGCUCGCUAAGAAAGUUUUUCAACCGCUUCAUUAGCAGCUUAUCAGCUGAAAGUAAGAGCACCAGGAAAUACUCAGACUGUGAAGCAGAAGAAAAUUAUCCGUUGAAAAGCCCUCGUCAUCCUUUUGUGAAAAAUAUCACCUUAACGGAAGUGGAUGAAGAUGCUAUCGCUUCCUUUCGAGCUUUUUCGGGUUGUAUGCUUCGGUGCAGCAUUAAUAAACAGAAUCAGAUUCGUCUACGAAAAGAAACAAUUCCUAGCAGAGAGGUUGAAGAUGUGCUGGAUCCGUUUGCUCAUCAACAAAUAUCAGUUCUUUUCGGAUCAUUCUGUGCAAAAUCGUCGAAUGCACCACUGUUUUGCAUUCGCCCUUGGGUUGUAAAUAUGGAGUAUUAUGGUGUUAAUGAUAUGUCUUUGGGUGAUUUCUUGAGAAAGUAUUGCUUCAACAGGGCAUAUCAAUGUCCAUCUACAAAUUGUGAUUUGCCGAUGAUGGAACAUUCUCGAAAACUGGUUCAUAGGAAUGUAUGUGUGGAAAUAACAACACGGAAUUAUGUACAUUCAAGUAGUGAAUCCAACAGCGUAACAUUGGAUGAGCAAAAUGAAACUUUGCUUGCCUGGCAUUAUUGCCCAAAGUGUAAAUCAUCCUCUUCAGUAGUACCACUGACAGAAAGUAUAUGUCGGUUGAGUUUUGCUCGUUAUCUGAAUUAUUUAGCAAAUGGCGCUUAUGCAACAUGCAAAAUUAACUCAGUUUUACAGAAGUGUGAACAUUGUUGUUUUCAUCAGCAUGAACGCAAUGUUGCUCUCAACAACUUGGUCACAACUUUCAAAGUCUUAAUGGUGCGUCCAUUCCAUGUGACUUUCAGUCCAUUGGUUUGUGGUGUCGAACCAGUAAUGUUUACUCGAAAAUUUGUCGCCAAAUCGAAAAAUGAAAUAGAAGAAACGGCAGCGGUCAUUUUCAAAAUUAUGUUAGAACAGAUCGAACAGCUGUCAAAAUAUAGUGAAAGCAGCAUAUAUUCGACAUGUCAUGCACAGGCAGUAAAAAUUUUAAGAGACGCUCGCUCUGCCUUCAGCUCUACAAUAAAGUGUUUUGAUCCAAAUGGUGCGCUUGAUAGCGAACCAAUAAUCAUUCGGUCAAACGAUGCUGUUUAUACUCAGGCUACUGACAUGAUUUGUCGUUGUCGAUACAUUGUACAGCAUGCAAUAAAUUUGUGGAAUGAACAGCGUCAGUAUCUUUCUCAACAGAUUCGAACUAUUAAAAAGUGUAAUGGCAAUGCUAUUCUGGCAGUAAAUUUUGGAUUUACAUCAACUAUAGAGGAAAAUGUGGAAGCAAACAAAAUAAAUAACGAACAAACAGCAAAUCAAACUCAGGCUAAUAACUUAGAUUUUGAACUUACGUCAUUGGAGAGCCCAUUCCCCGCCGAGUGUCACUUCAGUUUGCCUCUUCCAUUAGCCGGUUUGGCGGCGAUAGUCGUACGCGAUAUGAUCGAUUGCAAGGGUGCAACACAUCCGGAUAUUGGUUCCAUCAUAGCUUAUGCUUUAUCGUCAGUUGAAUAUAAUACAAAGCGAAGAAAACAGCGUGAUACUGUUAAUAAUGCCUUUAUUGAAGUGGAAUCAGAUCCAGUGGCGAAUUACGAACACAUUAAAAUUGAUUUUGCUGAUGACAAGGCGCAAUAUUACGUUAAGAUUUAUUAUGCUGAAAGAUUCCACAUGUUGCGGAAGUUGUUAUUCGUUGAAGGUGAAGAUUGCUUUAUUAGGUCGCUGAGCUCAUCCCGUAGUUGGAGUCCUCAGGGCGGCAAAUCUGGAGCUUCAUUUUAUCGCACACAGGAUGAUCGCUUUGUGUUCAAGCAGAUGUCUCGGUUCGAAAUCCAAUCAUUUGUGAAAUUUGGUCCUAAUUAUUUUAGCUAUGUUUCUACCGCUAUGACUGAUAAUAAAUUGACAACACUUUGCAAGGUUUAUGGUGUAUAUAGGAUUUGUUACAAAAACAAAAGCACUGGUCAUCAGUUGAAAGUUGAUGUUUUGGUUAUGGAAUAUCUAUUUUAUCGCCGAAAUGUGGAGCGAGUAUGGGAUUUGAAAGGCUCACAAAGAAACAGGAUGGCAUCGGAAGGAAAAAGAACGGCAGAUCUGGUGUUAUUGGAUGAAAAUUUAGUAAAAGAUCUUUGGAAUAAUCAACUUUAUGUACAUCCUCAUUCUAAGGCAGCAUUAAGUAUGGCCAUCAGCAAUGACAGCCAUUUUCUUUCUGCCCAGCAUGUAAUGGAUUAUAGUUUGCUUGUUGGCGUAGAUGAAACGAACAGCGAAUUAAUUCUUGGUAUUGUGGAUUAUAUGCGUACCUAUACGCUUGAUAAAAAAUUGGAAAGUUGGGUGAAAAUUGUGGCAAUACCUGGGGCACACUUGCCUACUGUCAUUUCUCCAGAAAUGUACUGUACGCGAUUCUUCGAUGCUAUUGAUACAUACUUUCCGGUUGCACCAGAUCAGUGGACUGGACUUGGUUCAGCGUUAUCUUCUUCUGAUUGUUAA